AUGACGUCCGAAUCAUCACAGCCCAAGACCGAAGGUGAGGCGUGGCAGAAGACCGAUCGCAAAUCCUCACACGAGUUCUAUGAUCCUUGCCAAGACUUUGCAGAUCGGAGUUUAAAGUGCUUGAAGCGCAAUGGAUUUGAUCGCGAGAUGUGUGGUGACUAUUUCCAGGCCUACCGGGACUGCAAAAAGAACUGGUUGAACCAUAAGAAAGCCGUUGCCGAAUCCAAGUAG